GAUGCAUCACUUUCUAUGCUGCGAUGAUGCCACAUUAGAAACUCAACACAUAAAAUCUCAACCUGAUCCGACAGUCGAGUUACAGACAGCAGCAAGUUCACAGCAGCUCCGCAGAAGAAGGAUUCAAUAUGAAACUCGCAAUCGUGGUGCUGGUGGGCUCUGCCCUUCUAGGCCUGGUAACCUGCGCUGAAGGUGUGACCACCGACGCUCCAGUAACCACCGUUGAACCAAGCGACAAGGUUGGAGACAAAAAAGGGCAGGAAGACGUUGCAACAAGCACUCCAGAGUUCAAAAAGGUCAAGGGCGGACGCAAGAAACCCAGCAAAGAGAAUAAGCUAGACGUCGAUGGACGCAUAGGCUUCGGCGGUCCUGGUUUCGGUGCUGUCGGCUUUGGAGGCCAGGGAGGCUUUGGAGGCCAGGGAGGCUUAGGGUUAGCAGGGGGUCUGGGCUUCGGUGGUUUAGGUGGAUUAGGUUUCGGUGGUUUAGGUGGAUUAGGUUUCGGAGGCCUGGGUGGCCUGGGUCUUGGUGGCUUUGGUGGACUCAAUGGUGGUUUUGGACUAGGGGGUCAAGGUGGCUUAGGCGGCUUUGGCGGUUUUGGAUUUAGAGGUCUUGGGUCUUUCGGAGGAUUUGGUCGCUUGUUCGGUGGGGGAUAUGGACGCGGGUAUGGUGGUGGAUAUGGUGGAGGCUACGGUGGAGGCUAUGGUGGUAGCUCUGGAGGUAGUUAUGGUGGUAGCUCUGGAGGUGGCUAUGGUGGUGACUACGGCGGUGGGUACGGAGGAGCUAGCGGAGGUGGACAUGGCGGAAGGUACAGCGAUUAUGGAGACGAUUACUGAGGACAACUAGAAGGACCACUGCAGAGGCCCUGCACUGAUCGUGUUCCAACAGGCAUUGUUCCAGGACGACCUCUUGGAUUGUGUAACCAAAAGAAGACGUCCCGUUUCCUGCUUCCUACGUUAUACUUCGCUGGACUACCAGCUGGACGUGCAGCAUACAACGGGACGACCAUUGCUGCGUGAUUUGCUGCAUUGGUUCGCCAUGCGUGCCAUGUAUCAUGUAAAUUAAGUGGAAUUACAACGUCAAACACAAUCAA